AUGUUUCCUGUUAAUCACAUCUGGGCACACCGCACUAUCAUCUUCAUGGAGGACAGCUCAUGCUGGUGCUCAAGCGAUGACAUCAUCAUCAUCAUCAUUGCGUUUCAGGUGCGUUUGAUUGGCCCCCACCCCGCCCACGGCCGCUCCGCUCUGACCCCCCCCCCUGUGGUGUGUUCCCCCCAGGUAGGCUGGUGGGAGAACGGGGCGCUGAGGCUCCGCUACCCGGCCUGGUCCCGCUACGGGCCCUUCCUCAAGCCCCCGGACGACGCCCAGCACCUGCGGGUGGUCACCUUGGAGGAGCGGCCCUUCGUCAUCGUGGAGCUGGCGGACCCCGCCUCAGGCACCUGCAUCCGGGACUCGGUGCCCUGCAGAAGGCCCCUCAACGCAAGUUCUAUCCAAGAGGGCGUGGCCCCCAUGAAGCAGUGCUGUAAGGGCUUUUGCAUCGAUAUCCUCAAGAGAUUGGCCAAGAUCGUUGGCUUCACUUAUGACCUUUACCUCGUGACCAAUGGGAAGCAUGGGAAGAAAAUUGAUGGAGUAUGGAACGGCAUGAUUGGAGAGGUUGUGUACAAGAGAGCGGACAUGGCCAUCGGCUCUCUGACCAUCAACGAGGAGAGGUCAGAGGUCGUGGACUUCUCCGUUCCCUUCGUGGAGACGGGUAUCAGCGUCAUGGUCUCUCGUAGCAAUGGCACCGUUUCGCCUUCGGCUUUUCUAGAGCCCUACAGUCCGGCUGUGUGGGUGAUGAUGUUUGUCAUGUGCCUGACCGUGGUGGCUGUGACCGUGUUCAUCUUCGAGUUCUUCAGCCCCGUGGGCUACAACCGCAGUCUUCGGAGCGGAAAGAAGACCGGUGGCUCCACCUUCACCAUCGGGAAGUCAGUGUGGUUGCUAUGGGCCAUCGUUUUCAACAACUCGGUGCCAGUGGAAAACCCCAGAGGAACCACCAGCAAGAUCAUGGUGCUGAUCUGGGCCUUCUUCGCUGUCAUCUUCCUGGCCUCCUACACUGCCAACCUGGCCGCCUUCAUGAUCCAGGAAGAAUACAUCGACACAGUGUCUGGCCUCUCAGACAAAAAGUUCCAGCAUCCCGAGGAGCAGUACCCACCUCUCAAGUUUGGCACGGUGCCCAACGGGAGCACGGAGAAGAACAUCCGCUCCAACUACCCGGACAUGCACCAGUACAUGGUCAAGUACAACCAGAGAGGGGUGGAAGACGCCAUACACAAUCUCAAGACCGGGAAGCUGGAUGCGUUUAUUUAUGAUGCUGCAGUACUGAACUAUAUGGCCAGGAAGGACGAGGGUUGUAAGGUGAUGACCAUAGGCUCGGGGAAGGUUUUUGCCACCACAGGCUACGGUAUCGCCCUGCACAAGAACUCACGCUGGAAACGUCCUCUUGACCUGGCCCUGCUGCAGCUGGUGGGAGACGAUGAGAUUGAGAUGCUGGAGCGCCUCUGGCUGUCGGGUAUCUGCCACAACGACAAGAUCGAGGUGAUGAGCAGCAAGCUGGACAUCGACAACAUGGCCGGUGUCUUCUACAUGCUGCUGGUGGCCAUGGGCCUCAGCCUGCUGGUGUUUGCCUGGGAGCACCUGGUCUACUGGAGGCUGCGCCACUGCAUGGCGACCAGCUCCGGCAAGCUGGACUUCCUCCUGGCCAUCAGCAGAGGCAUGUACAGCUGCUGCAGCUUUGAAGACGAAACCACGCCAGGGGGCGCUAAGUCUCUGCCUCAUCACCACGGGGCCAUGGUGGCCAUGCCGCCGCAGCAGCACGUGGUCAACACUUCCGUCAGCAACCAGGCCAUCGCCAUGGCUCAGCAGCAGCAGCAGGUACCCCAGGCCCAGCAGCAGCCACCACAGCCCGUCUACAAAACCCCACUCCCAGGGUCGCCUCCCACUGUGGUGCACACCGGGACUUCGCUGGGUCCGCCCAUCACCCCGCUCGCUGGGGCGCCUCUUCCCUGCAGCACCUUUCUUCCGCGGCCCGACCGCAGGCUUGCUGUGGUGGAUCGCUGGAGGUUGCCUAAGUCUGCUGCCGCCACCAACCCCAUGGCUGUGGUGCGGGGGCCGGCCAUCCCGGACAUGGGCCCCUUUUCUCAAAAAGUGCCCCCGAACUGGGCCCAGACUGCUGGAGGUGGUGGGGGGCUAGACGGCUAUAAGAGAUAUUAUGGUCCCAUUGACCCUGAGGGACUGGGGCCCUGCAUGGAGCAGCAAGCAGGGUCCCAGACCCCCAAGACUAUACCAAGGGGCCACCCCCAGCCCCCUCCAGCCAGUGUGGCCUUCUACUCAGAGAAGGGCAUGGACCAUGGAUUGGGGAAGAGGGUGGUGGGAGGUGGCGGUGGAGGUCAGGGGAAAGGGGCCGCUAAGCCUCUGGGCACUCCCAGACUGCCUGCUAAGAGCCAGGCCCCUCUACCUCCUAACCCCCCGCUGCCACAUCCCUCUCCCCCUCUCCCCUCAUCCUUCUGGAGGAAGCGCAGGCCAAAGAAGCCCAAGGAGCCUGGGGGCCCUUUGUACGAGAACAUUCUACCCCUGGGGCGGAGGGGAGGAGGGAGGGACGGAGUGAGGGACGGAGGAGGGCGGAGGGCACGCCCCCUCUCUCCUCCUCUCUCACUCCCCGUGCCCGUUCCCCUCAGCCCCUCCUACACCGCGCCCUCGCCCUCGGCCUCGCUGCCGUACACGUCCACGUCCUCCUCCUCCGACACCUCCACCACCUCCACCUCCUCCUCGGCCUCCUCCUCCCGCUCCACGUCGCCCACCUACUCCUGCAGCUCCUCGCGGAGCACGCGGGACCGGGCCGGCGGGAUGGACGGAGACGAGGACGAGGACGAGGACGAGGAGCUGACGGAGGAGUCCAGCCUGCUCCUGGGGCGGGGCAGGGACGGGGAGCGCUCGGCCGCCCGACCGCGCUCCUUCAGCCAAGGCCGCCUGCCCCCGCCCGUGCCGCCCCGCAAGCCCCGGACCUCCUGGGGGGACAGGGAGGCGGGCAGGCGGGACCGCGAGAGGGAGAGAGGGGGGAGCCAGCUGUCCCAGCUGCAGGAGUGGUGGGCCGGCUGGAGCGAGAGGGAGCGGGACCGGGGCGGCACCGGGGGGGAGACGGACAGGCAGAAGAGGGAGAGGAAGAGGAGGAAAGACAAGGAGAAGGAGAAGAAGAAGAAGAAGAAGAACAAAAAGCGGAAAAAGAGGGAGGAGCGGGAGAGGGAGCGAGAGAGGGAGAGGAAGCGGCGGAAGGUGAAAAAGAAGAUGAAAAAGGCGAUGAAAACCAAGAAGAGGAAGAAGUCCACCGGAGGCAAGCGCUCGGAGCCCGAGGAGGGGGACGGGGAGGCGGGGAGGGAGGGGGACGCCGAGGGGGACAGGGAGGGCGGGCUGCAGGACUACUCCUCCUUCUCCACCCAGUACCGGAGCUCCUUCGGGGAGAAGGGCCGCGACACCGGCUGGGAGGGCGAGCGAGGCCGCCGAGAAGGGGCGGGCGAGGAAGGGGACGACCGGGAAGGCGAGGACGGCGUCCGGAGCCGGCGGCCCAAGUCCUCGCACUCCCGCCAUCGAACGCCCAGCAAGCGCUACCCCAACCUUAACAAGCUGCCCGCCUCCGUCAAGUUCUGGGUGACGGGCAACGCGGGCGCCGAGGACGCCAACGCCGCCCCCACCUGCCUCCACCCGCUCCUCCCGUCCUCCAAGCGGCGGAGGAGCGGCGAGUCGGGCCGGGGGGACGAGGGGGGCCGGGGCGGCGAGCGGCGGCCCCUGCUCACACACUUCGAGAGGGACCGGACGCCCACGCGGGAGGGGCCGUCCUACCAGGAGUGGGACUCGGAGGACGAGCCGGGGGCCGAGGGGGACGAGGACGAGGAGGAGAGGGGCCGCAUGGGGGGGCGCGGGGAGGAGCGGGUCAGGAGGGGGGGCGGCCGCGGCGCCGUGUCCGAGUCGGAGCGGGACAGGGCCCGGGCCGAGGAGAGCUACUCCGACGAGGGCUCGUCGGGCGAGUUCGGCCGCUUCGAGCGGGAGAAGGGGGGCAGCGUCAACAGCCGGGACGACUCCCUGCUGGGGACCCGGGCCGAGGGGUGGGUCGGGGAGGACUUCUGGAGCUCGGGGCCCGGCGUGGGCUGGGGGUCAGGGGGAGGAAGUGGAGGGCUGGGCUCUCAGUGGCCCCAGCCGCCCACCGCCCUCCCCCCCCCGAGACGCUACUGGUCCAUGGACAAGAUCCCCAUGAAGGGAGACAAGAAGAGCGGCGGGGGCAAGGGCAGGGGCCGGUCCCGGGACAGAGGGGAGCAGGAGGCAGGGGGCUCCACCCUGUGCUCCUGUAGCCUGUACCCCCACCCCCACCCUUACCCGCACCCCCACAGCCGCUCCCACGCCUCCCAGUCCAGGAGGGGACCCACGGCCCUGUCCCACAGCCAGGAGGAGCUGCUCCCCCACUGCCACAGCUUCAGCGGGGGGAUCCGCCCCAAGCCCCUGCCUCCUAAACCCGAGCCUGGCCAGGCCAAGUCAUGCAGCCAGUCCAACCUCAGCCUCAGCGCACAGCCCUCAGACCACCCACCCCAGCCGUCGCCCUCGUCCCCCCAGCAGGCCGCCGUGUCGCCCUCCUCCCUUCCAGUGCCCAUCCCCCCUCCGCCCUCCACCUCUUCCAUCUCCGCCUCCUCCGGGGGGGGCAUGGCGGGCCCGGGACAAGCUCAGGCGGCGGCGAGUGCUAAGCUCCAGUACCAGAGACUGCGUUCGGUGCCCCAGCCCCGGCGCUUCUACUCCCCUCACCUGCCACUCAAAGCGAAGAGCCUGUGCUCCCGGCGAGGCUCCGCCCACUUCUCCAGCCUCGAGAGCGAGGUAUGA